CAAGCCAUGUUUGUUGCUAACUCCUUGCUUGGCGAUCUCAUCGCUGUAUUCAUAACUGUUGGAGUGCUUAUAACCCUUUAUUUCAAAUGGACAUACCAAUACUGGGCUCGCCGAAACGUCCCUCAACUCGAACCGCGAAUACCCUUCGGUAACAUCACUGAAUCAAUGAGAGGGCGAGAAUUCGUCGGUGUCACCUUCAAGAAAAUCUACCAAAAAAUGAAAAGCCAGAAAUAUCGACAUGGAGGCAUUUACAUUUUCACUCAACCAUCGUAUUUUCCCAUCGACUUGGAUUACAUUCGUAACAUUUUAACAAAGGAUUUCCAAUAUUUUGUCGACCGGCCCUUUUAUGUCAAUGAGAAGGACCCACUCCAAGCCCAUCUUUUGAAUCUGAGUGGCACUAGAUGGCGAAAUAUGAGGUCAAAAUUGACCCCGACUUUUACCUCUGGUAAGAUGAAAAUGAUGUUCCAGAUAAUGGCUGAAAGUCAGAGUGAUUUAUUUAGAAGAACGGACAAAGAAGUAAAAUCACUUGAACCGAUAAAUAUCAAAGAAAUUUUGGCCUGUUUCACGACGAAUAUCAUUGGAUCUUGUGCGUUUGGACUCGACUGUAAGGCUCUGGAAGAUGAAAAUUCGCCGUUUAGGGAGUUUGGAAAAAGAAUAUUCAAGACGACAGUUUUCCAGCGUUUCAAACGCACUUUUGCGGCGACUUUUCCCGACUUUGCUCGAUUUCUCCGACUGUCGAGUGGUCGGAAAGAAAAUGCGAAGUUUAUCAUGGACAUGGUGGAAAGCACAAUUGACUAUCGCGAAAAAAAUAAUUAUUCGAGAAAUGAUUUUAUGCAACUAAUGAUCGAUUUGAAGAACAAUAAACCGAAAGGUGACCAUGACGGCAAACCCUUGACUCUUGACGAAGUUGCAUCUCAAGCAAUAGUCUUCUUCGCUGCUGGAUUUGAAACAUCGUCAACUCUUAUGACUUUUGCCUUCUACGAACUUGCCAAAAACCCUGACAUCCAAACUAAGUUGAGAGAAGAAAUUAACUCAGUUUUGGCCAAAUACAAUAAUGAAAUAAGUUAUGACGCCAUCCAAGAUAUGAAAUAUUUAAACCAAGUGGUUGAUGAAACGUUAAGAUUGCAUCCUCCAGCAGCUCAAACCAGCCGAAGAUGCAUCAAAGAUUACAAAAUACCAGACCAAGAUGUUGUGAUUAAAAAAGGUACAAGUGUUACAAUUUCAAUUUUGGGAAUUCAUCACGACCCAGAAUAUUAUCCUGACCCGGAAAAAUUCGACCCGGAACGAUUUACUGAAGAGAAUAAGAGCUUGAGGCAUAACUAUGCCUUUUUGCCUUUUGGUGAAGGUCCCCGGAAUUGUAUUGGAAUGCGUUUUGGCCUGUUGCAAUCAAAGAUGGGUUUGGUUGCGUUGAUCAAAAAUUAUAAAUUUACGGUGAAUAAGAAGACCAAAGAGCCAAUUACUUAUCAACCGGCACAUGUCGUUCUCGCUGCUCAGGGAGAAAUCUGGCUCAAUGCUCAAAAAAUAUAAUAUUUUUUAAUUAAAACACUAAUAGAUAGUUAUUUAAAACAAAGAAGAUUAAAAAACAUGAAUUACCUACCUCGUUAAAAUUUUUUAAAUAGAAAAUUUAUGUAAUAUCGGUUUCUAAUUGCUAAACGAAAAUUAUAAAAUAGGUUGUAAAAUUGAUCUGCUAAUCAUACUAGUCACUUACCUAUCUUUUACAAAAAAGUUAAAACGAUUUAAAUUCAAUAAAAGCACUGGAUGUAAUACCUGUUCAAAAUUGUUGAGAAUUGAUAUGCCAGACAUAAAAACUUAGAUUUUCUUACAAUGCAAUCAUAUUUAAUACUUGUUUAAAAUAGCAGUGAAUUUUUUUUACAAUAAGUUCAUAAAAACAUAUUAUCUGUUUUGAAUUGCACUUGAAUAUUUAAACAUUCACAAACACCUAUUCAAAAUUGUAGUAGAUUUAGAACUGUAGAUUUAAAUUACAAGUUUAGUGUACAUAUAAUGUAUAAUAAUAUUAAUAAAAAAUGUAUGUAGUAUCUAUUUAAAAAUUGCUGUAGAGUGUAUGUAGACUAAUUCCUCAAAGACGCUUAAAAACUUAAUUUAUUUACAACAGUUGACAAAAAUUUGAAAAAAUUGUAACACAGAAUCAACAAUAAAUGUAAUACUUGUCUAAAAUUGCUGAAAGAUAUGCCAGAAAUGCCUAAAAAGUUAAACAAACUAAAACUUUACGUUUCUUUGAUUUUCUUUUUUAAUUUUUUUGUGGAUAAAAUUUUUACUGAUUUUUUGGUAAGGACGCAUUUUAAAUAGUUAAUGUAAAUAAGAGACAAUGAGAAUAUGUGGUGAAAUCUUUUUUAAAGUUUAUUAUGAAAUAAGUAAAUUCAUAGAACAAAAACUUCUUUUUUCUAGUAUUUAAAGUAAGAUAUCAAUUUGUCUGUUGUUACCAGAAUUUAUAUAGGUGUUCCAGAGAUCCGUAUUUCUUCGAUUACUCUGACAGUAAAGAAGAUAACAAAAUGCUGUUUCUUUUGGACGAUAGACAUUAUAUUUUUCUAAGAUCCAAAAAUAUUUUCGUCAUUCUACGUGAUAAUAGAAUGGCGCAACAAAGUUAUAUUUUUUAUGGAACAUCCGGUAUAUUAUGUGCUUAUUUAAAAGAGUUUUUAAUUCAAAGAAAAUCCAUAUUAGGUUUUAUGGAUCUAUCAUGGACCGUUUAUGAGCAAUUUAUGGACAAAAAAUUAAACUGCCAAUGUGAUGAAAUUUAAAACCCAAAGAAAAAUUAUUAAGUCCAAAAUCAAGAGAAAAAU